AUGGCGGAGAGGGUCGUGAAGGACAAGAGCGGCAACAUUAUGACAGUGCUGGAUCCAAGGACAUUCUCUGCGAAGACCCUGUCGAGCAUCCAGCAUGCUGCCCUCAGAGAUGACGAUAUACUAUUGUACGGGUAUCCUAGAUCAGGUCACCACUGGUUGUUUGAGAUAGUCAACAUGUUGGUGACAAGCACCGCUGACUACGUGCCCUUCACCUUGGAGAGCGGUGUCCUUGAACUACAACCCGACACAUCCCUCCGGCGUCUCUCCUCUCCAAGAAUACUCACAACCCACGUCCAAGCCCAUCUCUUGCCCCGAGAACUACAACAGCGGAACGUAAGGACUGUGCACAUUAUCCGUGACCCCAAGGACGUGGCGGUGUCCUGGUUCCACUUCUACCACGCCUACCCUGAAGACAAGUAUGAAGGCUCGUGGGACGACUGGCUGCAUCUGUUUAUAAGUGACAAAUUUAUGUGGGGUACAUGGUUUGAUCACAUUCGGUCAUUUGAAAAAAUGUGUGAAUCACUGGACCCGAGUCUUCUCCACAUUAUAUUUUAUGAAGACCUAAAAAAGAAUACACAAGAAGAAGUACAAAAACUGGCACGGUUCCUGGAGACUGAUGUAUCAAACGAUGUCAUGGAGGAAAUUGUUCUGAAAUCGGCGUUCAGUGAAAUGAAGAGCGAGAAGGAUAAAAUAACGGAGAAAUGGAAUGGGAAGCCGGCCCAGUAUAGAAAAGGUAUUGUCGGGGAUUGGCUGAACAUGUUCACACCGUACCAGAAGGAGAUAUUUCACGACAUAUACCGGGAGAGGAUGCAUGGGUCUAGAUUCCAGACGCGUUAUGACAAUCCUUGA